CAUAAUCUUAAUCAUUGUUGGAUCACUUGAACACUUCACCUCGUCGCGUUCACAUCAAUACCUUUGUGUUUGGAAAAAAAAAGUUUUCAAAGUUUUUCAAUUAAUCAACUUUACAUUGAUUUUAAAUUGUUUCGAUUAUUGUAUUUCAUUGAUUCUCAUCAUAAUGAGCCUACUAAUUAACUCUGUUUUUACUGACAAUGGAAAUGAGAUAAUGAGAUCUGAAACGGAAGAGGAAAGAAAGAGGUUCAAGAUUGAAGAGCUUAAGCAGUUGUGUUUGAAUAUGAUAAACGAAGAUCCGGAUUAUUUUGACUCGAGAGACGUUGAAACGCUUAAAAGCGGCGAUAUUGGUGUUACACUGUUCCUUGAGGCGAAUGAUUGGAGAGUCGACUCUUCCUUUGAAGCACUUAAACGUCACUGUUGUUAUCGGCGAGAAAACAAAGUUCUAGAUCUGAAGAUGACUGAUUUUCCACGAGAACUUUAUCAAACGGGAUUGUGUAGCAAAGGUUUCGAUCGCUCUGGUCAUCCUUUGGUUUUCAUUAGAUUGGCUGUUUCACCAGGAUUCAAAGAGAUUAAUUCUUUGAUUGUUAAGAAUUUCCUAUUGGUGGCUGAAAUAGUUCGAAAUAAAGUUUUAUCGACCAAUAAAAAAGUUGGUGUCAUUUUUGACUGUAGACAAGCUCAAGUGGACAUUGGCCUUCUCAAAGAAGUACUCGAAAUUUUCACCAAAAAAUAUCCACCCAGUACUGAGUAUAUCGCAUUUCUUGAUAUGAAUUUCAGCUUUAAAAUGAUUCUUCAGGUAAUCAAAUACUUUUUCCCUAAAUAUCUUUGGUCAAAAAUGAUCUUCAUUGACCAGCCGACCUUAAAUUCAAUGAUUGACAAGGAUAAUUUACCUACGUACCUUGGUGGUGAAAUUGAAACUCUUUCCAAAACUGAACUAUCAGAGGUUCCUAGUCUAAUGGAUUAUGCUAAAUUGAACAAUAUCAAGGAUAAAGUUGCUGAGAAAAUGCUGACACACCUGAAGAAACAAAUUGCUCAAUGAUAAUAUUCAAUUACUUACAUAACUAUUAAUAUUAGUAGUUGACCAAAUCAUUAAUCAUGAUAAAUGUAAAUAAUUUACUCUUUUAAUUGAAAAUGAAAAAGAUGUGAAACUCUUGUCCUUUAGAUACUGUGUAUCUUAGCUAAAAAUCAUUAAUUGUAACAAUUAAAAAGUUUUUCUAAUGAGAUAAUUAAAAAAUAA